UUUGAACAUCGACAGUCAGAGACGCUAUCUCAUAUCCAUUGCAAGGACUAAUCUUUGAUUUCAAUAAUAUCCUCCAAACAUACGAAGCCUUCAUCAAAAUGUCUAUUUCCCCCCAGCUCUGCGCUUCACGUCGAGUCCAUUUUGAUGCCAGCAUCACCAAGUCUCCCUGCAAUGGACCAAAUAAUAUCCGCAAUCCUAUCAAUGACGAUUAUUACCUUCGUAUGGUAUUUGCCGAAAAGAAGAUGUGGAUCAAAUCGAAUAUGUUGUCAGAAAAUGAGUCGGAGAUGUCAAAUCAUGAUCAAGAGCGUUGUGAAACCCAACACCAUAUUCGAUUCAAACCAGAGACGAGGGAUACUGAUCAGAAUCAUCAUGCAAAUGAAGAAUACUACCAUCGCAUGGUAGCCAUCGAAAAAAGAAUUGGCCAAGGUGCGAAUGUUGAGACAGAGUUAUCGGAUGGGGAACCUCAAGGUUCACAGAACCGUAUUAGAUUCGACGACGCUCUCAAGACCUCGCCUUGUAAGAGCGCUGAGGCUACGCACAAGUCUAAAACAGAAGAAUGUUAUCAUCGUAUGGUCGCAAUGGAAUCGAAGAUGUGGAAGGAGGCCAACAUUGCAGGACAAGCUGAAGCCCCUCAUGAUGUUCAACGCCGGGUUAAAUUCCAAGACAGCGUUUUGAAAUUAACACCUAGUAACAUGAGAAUCCACCAGGAAAAUACCAAGAAUCAACUCUACGAUCGGAUGAUACAGCUAGAGACCAGAAUCUGGAUUGACGGGGGUGAUAAUGAGGAAUGGGAUACAUGUUACAAGAGUGACGAUGAAACGUCUCCCACUGAAGCCAACCAUUUUCAAUCUCAAAAUUAAGGGAUAAAAUCUAGAAUGCAGGUACAUGUGUUAUGUUCUCUGCUAGCACCGGCAUAGAGUCCGAUAAGGUUGUUUUGGCCUGAAAAAAUCUAUUACCA